CGUUUUCGGAAGUCGGACGUGAAAAUCUCGGUUUCCUCCCAGAGAGUUUCCUGGAGCCGUCGCGAGCCGCCGCCGCCGCCGUUUUGGACCACCCGGACCUGGCCAUCGCUGGGGGUGGAAGUUUCUCCUAGAUUUUCCCAUUGUAGUAUAUACUGCAGUUGUUCUGGGAAAAAGUCCUGUCUCGCUCAGCUUUUGGCUGAGCUGCUGCUGCUGGCUGCUUCUGGGUUGGCUUGUGUGCUUUUUUUUUGCUGGUAGUAUAUCAGUGAAGGUUGGGGGUGGUGAAUGACGGGAUGUUCUUUGUACGACACGGUCAGUGUUUUUGGUGCAAAUUUUCCGUUUUCCGUGGUUCUCGUUCUCGAGUGCAAACGUCGUAGUUAACGUUUGAUGACCUAGCCUCUUGGUGGCAAAUUAAGGGUCACAGAAAGCUGAAGCUAUCUCUGGUCCGGGUCGAUUGAAGUUUGCCAAAGUAGCUGGCUGAUAGCAGAAGUAACACCUUCCUAGUGCUGUUGGUGGGAGUGAAGAAAAUUUUGCACUGCAGAAGCCCUGAAAACACCAAGGCAUUGGUGCGCGCGAGGGUGGAUUUGUGGUGAGGUGGAAGUGCUGUGUUUUGAGCUGUCUACUGCUCUACUUCCCGAUACAUCACAAACCGAGUCGUCGAUUUCUCGUCUGUAUUUAGCUCACUGACUGGCUGCCCGACUGGUGUUUGUGUAAUGAAUAAAGCAAAUAGCGAGAAGCUUGCGAACCAGUUCAAAGUCAGUCCGGUUAGUGUGUUUAAAGUUUUGCACAAGGUUUUUGAUUGAUGUUGGUGCUCUGGCCCAUGUUGGAAUCCCGAACCACAAAACUCAAGAGUUUUGUUUGCGCUCAUCGUCCGUCGAAAUUCCGUUGAUCAAAGUCAAGUAAAUCCCCAAAUAACGCAAAGUUCUCAAAUACGAUUACUGCAUUUUAUGCUCGGUGGGUCGUAAAAUUUGCCCAUAUACUUUCGAGCCGACGUCGUCUCGGGAAUCAGGAGACCUCCACCGGAUAAUAUCCGCGGAUUUUUCUCCACUGUCCCGUGUACGUGUGCAUGUGUGUAUGUGUGCUGGCGCGCUCUGGUGUGUCAAGUGCGUGUUUCCAGGUCAUACCGAAUCGACCUAGCGCGAAGCAGGGUGCUGGGAAAAUUAACUCCCUCCCCAUCAAAAAUUACUGGAAAAGCGCUAGCAAAACGAAGAAAAAUCCAUUUCACGGGAGGCGGUAUAUGCAAAUGAUUUCCACCUCCCCCCAGAAUUCGUGGUGGAAGUCGGAAGUUUCCAGCUCAUCGAAGUCUGGGGAAAUUCUACUGAGAGGGGGGCCAACAUGUGAUCACCUUUGUCGACCUCAAGCUCUGAAGUGUUUAUGUGAAUUUAUUUAUGCUCCUCGAAAGGUGAACAACCAACCCUAAAGGGAAAACUGAGCAGCAAGUUUCGCAUCCGAAAAAAAUACAGCCAUCCUUGAGAUCGUUUUUUCGAAAAAUGGAUAGAGUCCAACCGUAAUCAUGAUGCAUAUCCCCAACCCCCUCCAGAAAUAAGUGUGUAUCCUCUGAAUGUUACCCGUUCGUUGGUGUUGCGCCUUCCAGGUUCAGACCUCGAUAAUAGAAAAUCAUUACAAAUCAUCCAGCAGUUCCUCUCCCUCGAUCGACAGCAGCCUCGGUGUUUGGUGUUCGGGGCAUCUUCAAUAUUCCUAGCUUAGCAAAUCCGCCACAAGUUUAUUUUGUUUGCCAAAAAUCGAAGAAAUUGAAUUUGGAUGUGCUUUUUUUUGGUUAACUUCCUCGGAGUUUUCCGGGAGAUUGCUCUGAAGUGGAAUAAAAAUUUAAAUCGGUGUUGUGUUUCGGUGUGGGUGGGAGCGAGUGGAAAAUAAAAAUCCAAUCCAACAUUUGAAUGGCGCCUAUAAUUGUGUUAUUGUGAGUUGUUUUUUUGCGUGUGUAUCGAUUUUUCAAUGAAACCGAAAGAAGGCGUUUAUCCCGUCUUGAUUUAUUUCGAUCGAUGUUUUAUUGAAUGUCUAAUCGUGAUUUUAUGAGGUUCCAUCAUUGAAUGCCGUAAAUGUGCCGAGAAAAAGAAAAUCGCGUGUAUUUCUUGAUGUUUAAAAUAAAGGUCACACGAAUUGGAUUAUGCAAAACGUCCAAUUCUGCUCAGUAAUCAUAACGAGUGUCGAUCUGUCAUAAGGUUGGACAGGAAUAUUCAACUUACCGUCAUAUGCUUCGUGAAUAUUUUUGUCCUAAGGCAGUUAAGAAUUUUGACACCUUGAGAAGGCGAAGAAGACGAGCACUAAUUAAGGGUGCCGAAAAGUCGUGGCGUAGGAAAAGAAAUGUUGAAAGCUCCUCUGUCGACGCGCGUCACCAUCCUACGAAUGGAAGUGUAAUAUCCUGGGAAAUACUCAAGCUCCAACACGAAGACACGCAGCUUGGCACAAUCAGAGUGGGGGAAGAAGAAAGCAGCCCAAAAGGAAAGACAAAUUAAUUUUCAUUUUCCCUGGAGCGAAUCACUUCCUUUACCUACGAAUUUUGCGUAAAUUCGAAUGAAUCUUCCCCUCUAUUAGAGCAUGAGAAAAUCUACGGUCAGCAAAUAGUCCCCUCAUCCGAAAAAAAGGCAAACCAUUUCCAUUUUGACAUCGCUCGUCAUUGAGUUACUACAAAAGCAGGGACACGUGUUAAAAAUUGGUCGAAAACAGACAUUACUCCCUUCUUCGAAAAAUUUCGUAAUAACACGCAAAAUCGUCCGAAGCCUGAGAAACGGAAGUUUACUAACAAUUUCAACAAUCAAAUAAACAAACACGUGGAAAAAGCGAACCACGUGUCACCGAACCGAUUGUUUCAUGAGGCGGAAAGAUGCUCAAACAGAAAAGGAAUGCUAAACCGAAGCACCAGAAACAGGGCAGACUGAGGUGGGGGCUGGAGAAAAUCUGCUGGGGAUUAAUAAAUAUCACUGUGCCAAGGCGCACUGCACGAAGUUGGAUCGAGGCAAAUUUCCAGAAACGCGAGUGCAUCAAGUACAUUCCAAACAUCAAAAAUGAAGAUGUAUGUUGCUGUGGCCAGGAGCGGCGAACCCAUCAACAGGUGGCCGGAAGCGAGCCGGGAGUGGCCGGGGACCUUUGGCUGCCCCAGAAGCAUACCCGGCCGCAGCCGACCGAUGCCUACGGGACCAUCGAGUUCCAGGGCGGUGCUCAUCCGACGAAGGCGCAGUACGUGCGACUUUCGUACGACACCCGACCGGAGUUGCUGGUUCAGCUGUUCACCCGGGAGUGGAAUCUGGAACUGCCGAAGCUACUUAUCACGGUGCAGGGCGGAAAGGCGAACUUCGAGCUGCAGCCAAAGCUGAAAAAGGUGCUUCGUAAAGGAUUGCUCAAGGCCGCUAAAACAACAGGUGCAUGGAUUUUUACUGGAGGAACCAAUACAGGGGUCACGAAACAGGUCGGUGAUGCUUUGCUACUGGAAGGACAGCAGCGGUCUGGCCGGGUCGUCAGCAUCGGAAUCGCGCCCUGGGGAAUCGUGGAGCGUAACCAUGAGCUGUUGGGCCAUAACCGGGACGUUCCCUGCCAUAGUAUAAGUUCGCCUCGUUCCAAACUAGCUGUACUGAACAAUCGUCACGCGUACUUCCUGCUGGUGGACAACGGAAGCCAGGGCCGGUACGGGGCAGAAUUGAUCCUCCGGAGGAAGCUGGAAAAGUACAUAUCGAACCAAAAGUUGCAACCCUAUAAAGCACUUUCGGUUUUAAUGAAUUUCCAUUAUAAAGUUACGCACUCGAGCACACCCGUAGUCUGCUUGGUAAUCGAGGGUGGCACAAACACCAUCCGGGCAGUGCUAGAAUACGUCACCGAUAGUCCACCGGUUCCGGUAGUGGUUUGCGAUGGUUCCGGUCGGGCGGCCGAUCUGAUCGCCUUUGUACAUAAAUACGCGACCGAUUCGGGGGAACAAGUUGUGCUGGAAUCGAUGCACGACUAUCUCAUCGGGACGAUUCAGAAAACGUUCGAAGUAGGAACGGAACAGGCGGAACAACUCUACCAGGAGCUGCUGCAGUGUACCAAGAAUAAAAAUUUGAUAACCGUUUUUCGAAUCCAGGAUCGACCGGAAGCCAAAUCUCAGGAGCUGGACCAAACGAUAUUGACUGCACUUUUUAAAUCACAGCACUUGAGUCCACCGGAGCAGCUGAGUUUGGCACUGACCUGGAACCGGGUGGAUAUUGCCCGAUCGGAGAUCUUCGUAUACGGCCAGGAGUGGCCCCACGGUGCUCUGGAUGAGGCAAUGAUGCAGGCCCUGGAGCAUGAUCGAAUCGACUUUGUUAAGCUGCUGCUAGAGAAUGGAGUUUCGAUGCGAAAGUUCCUUACCAUUCCGAGGCUGGAGGAGCUGUACAAUACCAAGCACGGCCCGGCCAAUACUCUCGGGUACAUCCUGCGGGACGUCCGGCCUCACAUACCAAAGGGUUAUGUUUACACGCUACACGACAUAGGGUUAGUGAUAAAUAAGUUGAUGGGCGGCGCCUAUCGGUCGUACUACACGAGACGAAAAUUUCGGCCAAUCUACGCCAAGGUCAUGAAUAGCUACGUUAACACGCACCGGAAGCCGUCCACGUUUGCUCGAAGCGCGGGGAUAAAUUCGAUGAGCUUGGUCACCGGGUUACUUCCGGUGACAUCCGAUAUGGCCUUAUUCGAGUUUCCGUUCAAUGAACUACUGAUUUGGGCGGUGUUGACCAAAAGGCAGCAGAUGGCGUUGCUGAUGUGGACCCACGGAGAGGAAGCACUGGCGAAGUCCCUGGUAGCCUGCAAGCUGUACAAAGCCAUGGCCCAUGAGGCGGCCGAUGAUGACCUGGACACGGAGAUCUACGAGGAACUUCGAAGCUACGCAAAAGAGUUCGAGUUGAAGGGACUUAAGUUGUUGGAUUUUUGUUACAGGCAAGAUGCCGAGCGAGCGCAGCGUCUUCUCACCUGUGAACUACAGUCUUGGUCUAGUCAAAGCUGCUUAUCGUUAGCUGUAGCUGCAAACCAUCGAGCUAUUCUCGCUCAUCCUUGCAGUCAGAUUAUUUUGGCUGACUUAUGGAUGGGUGGAUUGCGGACGCGGAAAAAUACAAAUCUUAAGGUCAUCUUAGGUCUACUGGUGCCCCCCUUCAUCAAGAAGCUGGACUUCAAAUCGAAGGAGGAGCUUCAGCAAAUGCCUCAAACUGAAGAAGAACAUCUCGAGAAUCAAUGUCUCGAUUAUGACGAAGCCGUCAAACAGCCAGACGCAGAGAACGCACUCCAGAGUCCCACCUCAAAUGCAAAACCCGUUGGCGAACUGAAUGCAAUGCCGACAGUCCAGGCGCUUUUAUCCGAUACAUACUGUUUGAAAGAUACCAAAGUGCAGGAGAAUGGAAAAGUAGGUCUGACCGGAUGUCUCAAGGCAAAAGUUUCCCUCACCGAUUCGGAAAACACCCAAUACAAGGAUUACAUGUACGAUCACGACAUCCGGCACCAGAGGCCGCUGAAGCUGAAGAAGAAGUUUUACGAAUUCUACACGGCGCCCAUCACCAAGUUUUGGGCCGAUUCGAUGGCGUAUGUGUUUUUCCUGGUGCUUUUCACGUACACGGUUUUAGUCCGGAUGGAACCUUAUCCUAGCUGGCAGGAGGCGUAUUCGAUUGCGUACAUCACGACGCUCGGCUGUGAGAAGAUUAGAGAGAUUGUGUCCUCGGAACCGGUGGCAAUUUCCCAUAAAUUUUCCGUUUGGGCGUGGAACAUGUGGAAUCCUUGCGACGCGGCUGCCAUCAUUUUCUUCCUAAUCGGGCUGGUCCUGCGGCUUCGCCCCUACACGAUGGACAUUGGCCGGGUUAUUUACUGUGUGGACAGCAUCUACUGGUAUCUGCGGAUACUGAACAUUCUCGGUGUCAAUAAAUAUUUGGGACCACUGGUGACGAUGAUGGGCAAGAUGGUGAAAAACAUGAUUUAUUUCGUGGUGCUGUUGUUGGUUGUUUUGAUGAGCUUCGGAGUGAGCCGGCAAGCCAUCCUGUUUCCGAACAACGAUGCCAGCUGGCGUUUGGUGAGGGACGUUUACUAUCAGCCCUACUUCAUGUUGUACGGAGAAGUGUUUGCCGACGAUAUCGACCCGCCAUGUGGGGAAGAUCCAUCACAGCCGUCCUGUGUAACAGGUCACUGGGUAACGCCUAUCGCAAUGUCGAUGUACCUCUUGAUUGCCAACAUCUUGCUCAUCAAUCUGCUCAUAGCGGUAUUCAACAACAUUUUCAUCGAGGUGAAUGCUGUUUCACAUCAGGUGUGGAUGUUCCAACGAUUCACUGUCGUGAUGGAGUACCAACAAAAGCCUGUGUUGCCACCCCCUCUCAUAGCAUUCUGCCACUUUUACUCAUUCCUUUUGUAUCUGAUAAGAAAAGCAAAAGGUCUGCAGCAGACCAGAGACAACGGACUUAAAUUGUUUCUGGAAAAGGAAGACAUGGAACGGUUGUACGACUUCGAGGAAGAAUGUGUUGAGGGAUACUUCCGGGAGCAGGAUGCACUUCUGCAGCAAUCGACUGAGGAACGUAUCAAGAACACUGACGAACGAGUUGAGAAUAUGUCCCAGAAAAUUGAGGACAUCAAUCAGAAGGAGAACAUCCAGACGGCGACCGUCCAGAACAUUGAGUUCCGUUUACGGAAGGUUGAAGAAUCGGCGGACCAGAUUUUGUCCCAUUUGGCUGUGAUACAUCGGUUCAUGUCGGCCCACACGCAGAUCCAGGACAAUCUGAACGGGUCCACGGGGAAUGUGAGUGCCAUCGGAGGAGUGGGAGCGCUCACUGCCCUAGGACCAGGCCCGGUCCCGGGCAUUGCGUUCGAUUCCAGGGCCAGAACCAUUUCCGAAACCGAUAGCAAUAUUAUUCCCGUUAAUCCACGUAGGAAGAUAAACCGAUCGCUAACCGAGGUCCGACCGGAUGCCUACAUCUUCGACGAUGGAAUGCAUUUCGAGGUGCGAACCGUUCCGGAAGAAAACGAAAGUGACCGGUCACCGGAAAAAAUUUCAAAUCAAGAUCGAAAGUUGUCAGUUCGAUCCGACGAUCUAGACAUGUACCUUCCCCAGUCAAAAGCUCUUUCACCGGCGGAAUCUGCUGGUUUGGGAAGUGGUAGCGGAACCACCGGGAAGCCAAAAGCUCCAUUUCUUAAUGUUCGGCAAGAAACGGCCAGUACCGAGAGCAAAGAUACUCUUACCCCGCUAGAGAACUGUGAUGAUCGAACGUUGGUGGGCGGAGAGCAUGUUGAUGAACUUGGGAUGGACACCAACUAUGAAGGGCUAAGGCAGCGGGCUGCCGCCAGAAGAAGGAGUAGUACGAUGUGUGGUCCUGGUGCGGGUGGAGGAAGUGGUGGAAUGGGUGGUGUCGGUGGAAGACGGAACUCGGAAACCAAUUCUGGGUUCGAUAUCAACAAGUCACAGACCAGUCUGUAUCAGCUGAGCUUUACCAAGCGGCAGCACAGCGUGACUCAGUCGGAACCGGACAGUGGGAACGAUCAACCUGUUCAACGUCCAGCUCCUAGAGGACGCCAUCUGUUGCUACAAAUUCAUGCGGAGUAUACAUCGAUCACGGAUGAACUCGAGAGUGUGUGCCAUAUGAUAACGUCACCGACAUCAUCUUUAAGAGAGGAACGCCCUAAAAAUGUCAACGAGCUGAGUAAUCCAGAGUUUGCAGCGCUUAUUGAGAAGCAGCACCUGAAGGAAUGCGAAGACAGCGACUACAUGAUGAUGGAAAAGUUGCUUCAGACACGCUGCUCGGUAGACGACAGCGACGAUAUGUUUGAUGGGCUGCAUGAUCAUGACGAUUACGGGCCAAGGAAGAUGCUGCGACGUGAGACAGCAAUCGAGCUACCGGUGACCCCAUCCAAAUCGAACAUGGUUUCCCUGGCCGACAGCGCAGCGGGACAGGAAGAUUUCAGUGUGAAAAACGAACGACAAACGGUAUCGAAUCGAAAUUCACUCCGCGAUUCGAAAAACUCCCCAGUGUCCUUAUCCAGUCAAAACUCACCCAGAAACUCUCAGUAUUUGCAGUCAUCAUAUCUGAACCCAUCCUCGUUCGAUAACCAUCGGAUGUACAAAAAGUCUAGUGAGAGCCUGCAGAAGAACUCCAGCACUGAUACCGAGUACUCGCUGCAGCCAUACAAAUUCAUCAAGCAAAGCUCGAACGAAACAAACAGUUCGUUCAACAUCGACAACUCCUCGAUCACCAAUGAUCUCUCGAUGGAUGGCGAAACAAGUAUGAACUCAACGGUGAUUGAAAUGAUUUCGGGGGCGGCGAAUCUUGCCCCAGACGAUCGAACCGGUUUCACCAAGCGAACAUCCUCAUUGGGAAGUGCCUCGAUAGCUGCCCAAGCCCACGGGUCAACGGAUUCGCGACCAGGUUUCCUCAAAAAACAAUUUAGCAUAGACCGUGCCCCGGGAAAACCUUCCGGAUCGAUUCCCGAAGGCCUAGAACGACUAGCUCCUCCAUCGCAAGCCGCCCUGUUGGCACCAAUCAUUUCAUCCGGCAGCACAAAACCGGUCAAGUCGAACCGUUUCAUCGACAAUCUGAGCGUGCUGACGCUGUUGAAGGAGAGCAGUUCGACGAGCACCGAGGACACGCAAACGGCCUCGCUGCGGGAAGCCAUCCCCUGUAUUAGCACAAACAUCGUGCAAGACGAAAUCGCCAAACUGUCCUCGAACAUCAAGAGCAGCACGGAUGAAGACACGGAACCUCCGAUCAAUGAAACCAUGUGCUGAUUUUAGUUGUACAUUUAGUCAGUAAGGUAGCUCAACCACGCACAGAGUGCACACCUUUCCAUCGUCUGCGGAACCUUUAUUAUGCACGCGUUCUUCCUACCUUACAGCAAAAUUUAGAGAGAAAAAAAGUCCUAUCAUACAAAACAAGCAAAUCCGUCUGCAAUAACAUGAAGAAACAAAACACCACAACAAUCCCUGCAAAUUUUUCCCUAAGCAAACGCAAAACGCCCGUCAUUAUUUAGAUACAUAGUUAGGCAGAGCAAAAAGCAUGCAUGAAAUGUCGUCAUUCCAUCCGAUAAAAUUCGUUAGGCGAGCCUAAAUUUUACCGAAAUACCCAAUAACUAAAGAAACAGGGAACAGUAACAGUAACGUGUGAAGAUCGGUGUCCCUACGCGCACGCACCCGUCAAAAUGGUAACGAAAGAAUGAUUGUUAAAUUUAAGCGACAAAAACAGUUCGAGGAACUUUGCGAAAAGACCUGAACCAUUGAGUGAGAUUUGAAGUUUGUUUCAACGGUAUUAUCGCUCGAAGCUGUUGCGCCGUUAAGUGUUGAUAGUUGAGGUUAGAAUUUGUAGCAGACGAAUGAACGACCAAAAAUGAAAAGGGAAUAGGUACUUAUUAUGAGUUUUAAAGUUGUAAUGUAUGAUGUUUUCUAGGUCCGUUUUCAAUUAAAAAAAAACUAUUUCUCAAAAUCUAUUUUGAGGAAGUAUAAACUUCAGAAAAUGCAGCCCAAUCAAUUGAGAAACGCUUCAGAGAAGGCCAAUAGAUUCCGUUUUGAAAUGUUUAAUUGAAUAUUUAACACGUUAAGAGCAAGCAAUUUGAAAAGAAUCGUUUCAAAAACUGAAAAAUUGUAGAAACAAAAAAGUUUACGACCCAUUCCACGCGGCCAUCACAAAGUUUCUUUUUCAAAUUCGUUUAAAUUGACAAACAUCAUUUGAAAGGUGACUUCUUAAGCUUGGUUUUGCUUUCAAAAAUUAAAAUAGAAAGAGAUUCGUAAAAUUCACCAAGUUUAUUUUUUAUAACAAAAAUGUUCUGCUUGAUGAUUGCUUAUAAUUAUUCUCACUACACUAUGCAUCAUGCCUCGAAAACACUCGGACUUCUAUAAAUAUUUAGAACUUUUCGGAGUCGGUAAACUCUUGAUUUUUUCCAAAAUUUUCCUCUCCGUGGGAAUGUCUACCAAACAGAAGAGGUUAUUUGAAUUGCGGUUAAGUAAGAAAUACAAAUUGCAGUCAAAUUUUCCAUUAAAGUGAUCAAUUUUCCAACAGGCACUUCAAAAGCGUAGGACUUCUACUGGCAGUCUCAUUUUUCACUCUUUCUUUUAACAGUGUAAUCAUUGGGGCUUAAUCUGCGACUCGAGUGAUGUGACUUACGAAAUUUCAUAUCGUUUUGUUGGCUUCUUUUGCCUCGAAAUUUUCAUUCAAAUGUGCUGUCAUUAGUCUUCAGAGCUCAUCGAUACAUAAAUUUCUUUACAGAACCAUUUUCUGGAGUCAAGACGAAGACAUGAAAUUUUGUGAGUCACGUCACUCGAGUUGUAGAACAAGUCCCAGUGUUAUUCCUCUAAACCCCAUUAUUUUUCGUUGAAAAAUUCACGAAAGUAUUUGUUUAUGAUUAAAUAGACCAGUUAAGUUGAAUAUUCCAUCAGAUUUUGUCCAUCAUAUUUAGUUUUGGUGCAAUGGAUCGUGGAAAUUUUAAAGUUUUCCUAUUUCAACUGAAAUCAGUCAUUAAUUGCUGAUGAACUACAUAAAAUUUUGUACCUUUUCACUAUCUUUUAUUAAAUAAAGGAUCCAGAUUUUUCCUAGAUAUUCUAGUAGAGGAGAAGCAAGGCUUCAUAAAAAAUGUAAAGCAAUUUUUAGAAAAUUUAAAUGAAAUGACUAUUAUAACUAUUUCUGGCAUCACUGAAAGGCGUUUUAAAGGUUGAAAUAUUAAAGAUAUGCAUUUAUUUAACAAAUUUGUUGAAGACUGCAAAGCGUUUCGCUUUCAUAACGGUCUGAGUUACAUUAUGGGUUUUGGUUUGUCAAAUUCCUGGAUUUUCGAAGAACUGUAAAAAAUCAAAAUUAAAACUUGUGUAACUUUUUCUUGAAAGUCAAAAUUACUAUCAGUUAUCGAGAUAGUUGUUAAUUGAUUCCAAACCCAAGAUUCAGAAAUAAAAUUCUUCGACCGAAAUUCACAACGAAAAAUUAAUUUCAGGAUGAAUGAAAACAACACGAUUCCGAUUUUCUAAUUACUAUAACAAAAAACAGAGUAUCAAAAUAAGCUUUAAAUCCAUAGCAAUGAUGAUCAAUAACUGAUCUCAAAUAUUUGUUUUACGAACUUAUACAUAGUUGCCAGAUGAUAAUCGUUAAAAUUUCGUUGUGUUAACCUCACGCUGAUAUAAAAAAGCUCAGAAAAAAACAGAUAAUUGAAUUUUUUUUUUAAAUUUCUUACAUAUGUAUAAAUGUGUAUUUUUUAUUUAUAAAAUGACUUUUUUUGAGAGAGAGAGAGAGAUUUUUAAUCGAUUUUUUAACUUCCUGGAGGAAAGGUAUACAAAAUACCGUACAACGGGGUAAGAUUGAUCACUUUUUGUAAAAUAUUUUUUGAUUAUUUUUUUUUGUUUAGGAGAAAAUCUAAAAUUUACCUCAAAAUUCAUCAAAAACUACACCAAAACUAUAAAUUUACCAAGAAAAAAAAGUUGAAUUGUUAUAUAAAUCAACUCGCUACUUCUAAACGCUUUGAUUUCAUCAGCAAGAGUGUUUGUUUGAAAGCCUUUGAAAGAAAUAGAUAUUUCAAGAUUUUAAAAUACCAUUUUUAAUUACAUUUGAAAUUUUCAAAAACAAACCAAGUUUUUCCCAAUAUGAAACUCAACAUAUAGGUUUUUAAACGAAGAAAGGUUUUUUACAAUAUUUUAACUUUAGAUGUAGAUAUUGAUGAUUGUAUGGAAAAAUUUCAUGUUGAUCAAAGCUACCCCGGUGAUCAAUGUUACCUCGUUUUACGGUACGAAAAUCAUCUUUUCAUCAACAUUUUCUCGCGCAUGAAGAUUAUAGAUUCGCAGAUUGAAGCUGUAUCAAAGGAUAUCGAAAAAUUUUUUUAUAGAAAAUGUGUUGGAAUUUAUUUUAACUUCUUCUCUAAUUAUGAUUUUUUUCAAAAUAGGUAACGUAGACUGGGGGAAUAUUGAUCAGCGGGGUAACUAUGAUCAACAUGAAAUAUUUGCAGAUAAUCAUCGUUAACUAAGUGCGAAGUUUAAAUAUCUGGAAACUAUUUACUACGUUUGAAAUCCUAUAAAUUGAGAUACAAAUAUGUUAAAUUUGGUUUUUAUUAGGAGAUUUUUUAUGUUACUUAAAAUGUAAUUUUAAUUAAACUCCUGAUCAAAUUUAAGCAUUUAGGAGCAAAUGGGUUGUUUAAUGUGAAAGUUUAACUUUUUACUUGGUUUAAGUUUAGUUUAAUUGUUAUUUUUAUGGUCAUUUGGUGAUAAUUAUUGGAUAUUUAAAAAACACGGUUAUUUUCCAUGAAAAAGCUAGUAUAUAAAAAAUGGCUAACAACCCUAUAAAAUGGUUAAGUUUGAAGAAAAAAAGAACAUGGGGACAGUGCGAGGACUUAGGGAAUUGCAUGAAGGUAAAAUUUCAUUUAUUUUUUAGGCCAAAAAAUAUUGAAAAAUGUUUUUAAUUUUUGCCCCUACACAGAAAAAAAUAAUGACAAUUACGUGUCAUUGAAAAUGAUUACCUGUAAAAUAAAAAAUCCUGUAAUCAAAAGAACGUGUAAUUUUAAGCUGAUUUGUUUAAAAUCAAAUGAAAAGUCAUUUAUAAUUAAAGCAAAUGUCCUGUAACAAAAAGGAGCAUGACAUUUGCCAUAGUUUUACAGGUCACAGUCCAUUAUUUUUAAGUGAGCAGAUUAUUUGCAGGUUAGUUUCAAAUUACAGGUCUGUGAAAUUUAUCAGAUUCUUAAUCAAAACAAAAAAUCCUCUGUGUUUGCAACUAUUUGUUUCGUUAAGUGGAAGUGCUUUGGAGAUAAACCGGAAUGACAUCCGGUGGAUAAGCUACGCGUAAUCGUAGCGAUAAUACGUUACACAGCCGUCAUCUUGACAAAAAAAACAGCUACUAGCAAAAAUAGUCUUGCUCCGUUAGCGCAAGCCAUCAAAAACGACAACAUCAACAAUAAGUGGUCAACUAAAUUCGACAGAAUACUCCUGUGCGCUCCCUUUUCCUCGUUUUCUGGGCUGGAUGAACUUAGCGUAAGUAAAAUAUUCUCUGCGAGCCAAGUUCUAACAAGUUCAUACGCCAUCCUUGUCCAGAAAUAAUCAGAUAUUAUUCCUAUUAUUGUUUAGCAUUCGUGACGUGUACAAAUAGCUAAGCGGAAGUAUCAUGUAUUACCCGGGACUAAACGAACUAAACGCGAUGUCCGACAAAGGCCGAACAAAACUAAUUUCGCUGGCUUCGUCCGUGGGCCGCAGGAGUUUGCCCCCGGGCAUAGGAGCAUGCGGCGUGACGUUAUCCGGCCCUCGAUUGUCGACUCCCAGAAGCACUGGAACCGCAUCGGUUGGGAUUCCCUCUUUAAGUUAACCGGGAGAAAGUGAGUAAGUAGCUUCUAGCCUCAAUUUUGUUCUAUUAUUAAUUGAAUUUAAAAAUGUUAAUCAAUUUUAGCUUUACCCAGUACGAUCGAGGAUUUGGUACCGGCGGAGAAUAUGGACACAGUUGAACUGGACCUAAAAGUAUUGCUGCUCUUCAUUUCCGGGUGUUGAGAAGUGAUUGCGAUACCUCCAAACUCGUCCAUGAUUCCGCUAUCUGUAUUUUUUUCUCAACACACCACCGAAAGUAUGGGUUCAGUUCCAUUUAUAUCGCAUAACCAUCAUAUGCAAACUCAUUCUUAGUUGAACUAGCAACUUAGGCAAACGAACUGGAAUCCAGUUUGCGAAAAUCGUUUGGUUGUUUCAUUGAAAAAAUACUAAAGUGAAGGAGCACGAGAAAUUUUCACUUAAGUUCAACUACAGCAAACUAGAGAGAUUAUGUAACUGGUGAAUCCAGAAUGAUGCAGCUAGAGAUGCCGGUCUUGAUUAAACGAGCUCUUCUGUGAUGCCGAAUUAUAACUACCAACACCAUCAUCAUCAUUUCAACCAUCAAUCAUCCGCUUCACGAGAUGGGCCAUACUGGUAAGUUUUUUUUCUAUUAAUUUCUUAAUUUCCUAUAACAAUCUAGUUCUCAUCUAAUUGACAGUGGAUCAGCAUCGACCUGAAUAGUGAAAUCAGAUAAUUUCAUUUUACACUCCACUAACUUCGCUGGAGGUCACCAAGAAGCUCUCGCGGAAGCAGCUGGGUCAACCUCAUCUGUAAUACCCGAUAUGAUGAGCACAACAUAGCACACGUUGAGUUAUCAACCACCUAUAUAUUUUGAUGCAAAUUGCAAGCAAUUGAAGAUUUUCUCUUGCAAUCGCCCGUCAAUCCACCCCAAACCAACAUUCUCCACGAUAGCAAAAGAAACACAUUAGUCGCAACUAUAGUAUCAACUAUCCAGGAAACCACAGAAGUCAGCAAAGCGAAAGUGACAAUUAUUCCGAAAACAGCAGUUGGAUCAAUUGGUUUAAAGGUAACCUUUUUUUUAAUUAACGUUCAUAACAGGUUCUUAACUUUUAAACUUUUUUCUCCAGCUCAAAAUAAACCUGAUGAAAGAUGAAUCGGAAAAGUGGUUUACGGUUGGCCUUUGGUCUUUCUCAUACGUUUUCUACGCUCGGUUUGAUGCAUAGAAUUAUUUGCCCGUUGGAAAAAGACUGACCACCUACAACCUACCUGGUUAAAUUUAAGCGGAUUUUAGUUGUCCACCUGUAUGGAGAUGGGUUCUAUUCAAGGUUGGAUCCCACCCAAGCGUAAUCCUGUAGUAUGUAAGAGGAAAAUCCACAGAGUGCGAUUAAAUAAUAAUAAAUAAUAAUUAUCACAAAAAGAUUGUUUUUAUUUAGAAAAGAUAAAUCACCAUUGAAUGAGAAAAAAAUAAACAAAACAAAUUCCAAUAGGAAUCUCUUUCCAAAUUAUUAGUCCUGUAAUUUUAAAGAAGCCUGUAAAAAAUUUAGUCACUUUAAAAACAUACAACACGUAAUUUUAUUCCGUCCUGUAAAAUUGCGGUAAAUGUCCUGCUCCUUUUUGUUACAGGAUAUUUGCUGUAAUUUUACAGAAAAUAAUUUUUUCUGUGUAAUGUAUGCAGCAAAAUUGUCCAUCUUUUGAGUAUAUUUGUUUUUGAAAGAAAUCGUUGAAAAAUUCAAUUAAGUCCAAACAAAAAAAUCCUGUUAUCAAUGUUUUAGCCUCCUGUUCUAAAUAGCAUCAGAUCAAUAAAUUUGAAGAUGUUCAGAUACGUAAAAACCAUAGUGAUCAAAGUAACCCCGACACUCGAAAUCUGGUUUUGUAACAAACAUUUAAUUAUAACCACCAAUGUCGUUUGAAUAAACUGCAAUCAAUUUUCAUGUUCAAUACACAUCACCUCAGAAAAUGUUUUAAAGCUUAAAGGUAUUACAAGAAAGAAACCUCUUUCAAAAUAUUCAAAAAUGAAUGAAAAAAAGUGAUCAAAGUUCCCCCAGUUUACGGUAACUCUCAUUUAGUUUAAUAAGACCAAAUUGAAGGCGAAGGUUCCUAGUGCAGCACCUCUCCCUUUCUCACUGUUCAAAAAUGAUCGUUUUUACACUAAAUAUUAAAGUUUGAUAUUGGUCGAUUUUUGCAAAAUUGAAAAAUUUUGGUUACAUUUGGCCCGCGAAGCUUAUUUUGAAAUUAUCAUUUUUUCAGAAUUGAAUGUUUUUCUUGGUUUAUAUCAUUUGAAAAAAAAUGUACCAAAAUCUUGAUCAUUAUCAUUUGAAAUGAAAGUCAGAGAAAGUUCCUUGAUUUGAUUUUGAUGUAAUUCUACAACAAAUCACUGAAUCACAGUCAAAAAAUUUUAGUUCUUAAUAUUGUACAAUAUUUGACACAUUCACAGAGGAACACCAUUUUUCAAGUCUACGUUUUAUCAACUGAUUUUAGAAAAUUUUUGCGUCCUAAAUACAAUUUUUUUCUGAUUUUAUACCUCUAGAUUUAGUGGUAUAACGUUUAAAAUUUUUAAGGUUGAAAGUAAAAUGGAACUUAGAUAACUUUUAUAUAAAUACUUGAAAACUGGAACCUGAUUUUGAAUCUGUUUACUAUCCUAUUAAGAAUUCUGAUCUUACUAAGUGAUUCGUUUCAAAGAUACACUUAAAAAACAAGAUCCUACAAUUUUCAAAAUUUGGAAUAGAUCGGAUUACAACUAUUUUUAACAUCAUUCAAGAAAAACUUUGAGUAUUUGCUUAAAAAAUAGCAAAGAUUCAAAUUGGUUCAAGUCUGGUUCAAGCCAAAAUUAUACACGGUUUUGUGAAAAGUUGUUCAUUGAAUUAAAACCGUUGAUUUUAAAAUCUUUGAAGUGUUCUUUAGUUUGCCAGAGUUUUUUACCUAUUUUCAAGAGUUACCUCGAAAACAAGAGUCAAAAUUAGUUCUUAAAGUCUUUGCACCUCAGAAAUAAUAAAUUUUGUUACUUUGUGUUAUCUGUACUUUUCAUCACACAUUCGGAAUUUUUUUUGAAUUGUUUUUGAUUAUUUCUUACCAUUUUUUGUACGCUUUAAUUAUAGAAAGUUUAACCAAUUGCUUUCGCUCUCCUUACCAUUGGUUUUUGAAGUAGUCUUCAUAUUUUUUUUAAGCGUCGUGAGCUUUGCAUCUCACUUUACUUUUAAUUUUGAGGGGUUUAAAAAGCUUAAGAUCAUAUCAAAUUUAAAGUUUUUUUCUGAACUACAUUAACUACAUGAACUACAUGAACAUCAUAAUUAUGAAAAUUAUGUUUCAAACAUUGCUUCAACUAUUCGUAAUGGAAAUUUUAUUUUAAAAACUUCGAAUUUCCAAUUUAAUAGCUUAGUAUUGAUAACGUAAUCUUAAUAACUAAUUGGAAUUUGGAGUGGGGUAACAUUUGUCAAGAUUUUAAUCAGAUCCGUUUUGGUUUUGGUAAAUCUCUCAGAAGGACGACAUAUUUUAAUCAAGGUUGCCGAAAUCACAGAAAAAACUAUAAUUCCACAGAAUUUUGAGCAAAUUUUUAUCACAGAAUCAAUGUCCCAGAACACAGAAUUUUGGAAAUAUUCACCUAUUUAAUAGAUUUUAAAAUUUUUGAUAUUUUGAUUUGGCAUUGGAAAAUAUCAUAAGAUUAAUAAUGUUAAAUAAUUUUUUCUACUUUAAUGUGUUAAAGACCAAAUUUAACAAGAAUAAGCAUUACAGAAAACCAUCACAGCAUUUUCGUGUAAAAUCUCAGAAAGACAGUUUUUUUUGGCAAAAAUACAGCAUUUUUUUCAGCAACUUUGAUUUGUAUACGAAAUUGAUUUUUUCCAACUUUUUCACUAAAAAAAGAUACAAUGAAUACAGAUAACCAAAUGCUUUUCCAUCCUGCUUAUGGAUGACUUUCCCGUUACAAAUAUCAAAUCGAAAUUUGAUAUUAUGAAAAAUUCCACUGAAAUAUGAUAUUCUUUUCUGUGUGUAAAUUAAAAACGGUCAAUUUUGAAAUUCAACUCGAAAAAGUUCAAAAGAUUUGUGCAUAUAAGUAAAUUUAGAAAAUAAAAAAAUGUCGACAGCUUGUGAACGGUAUAAUUUUUCAACAAUUUCGUUCCUUAUACUGUUUUUUUGUUUUAUUUCGAAACAGCUACAUUUUUUUUGCAGUGAGACCAGUUUACUUAAAAACGAUUGAACAUUUAUGGAAUUUAUAAUGAAGGUUUCAAGAUUUCAGUUCGCUUGAAAGAAUUUGUAAAAAAAAAUCAUUGAACAAAAAUUUUCUCACUUGAAUCCAAGUGAGACUAAUAGAAAUUCGCUGCAGCAUUUUUUUUACUUUUCGACAAAAAAAUUGAGAAUUUUUUCAAAAAAAUGUAAUCAUUUAAGAUACAAAUUCAUGCCAAAAACCAAACAAAAUAAACAAAACUAUUAUUUUAUGUUUAAGACAUACUCAGUUUGAUGAAACUUUCAAACCUUUUCAAUGAAAAUUUUUCUUAAAGACAUUAUAAAUUUCGUUUUCCAGCCCUGGACUAAGACGAAUUAGUACUUGAGGCAGGCAUAUGCAGAAAUUUUUAAUUUUUAAAGUGUUUUUUUUUUCUAGAAAACUAAAGCAAAAAUGUUUGUAUGGCCCGCGAGCAAAUCUCAUUUUUAAAAUUAGGUAGGCCCGCCUGUUGAAAAUGUUGGCCAUCCAUUGUUUAAUAUCAGUAAUCGCGUUGCGACUUUCAGGCUCACUUUUUCGUGUUACUCACAUUGCCUACUUUUGAUGAGAUAACGCUUAGAAAUUUAAGUUAUUUUCAAUCUAUUUUAAUUUUUUAUUAUUGCUCUAAAAGAGAUGCAGUUUCAGACGUUUGUCAUGAUAUAAACUUUUACAAAACUCACCUUCAAAACAAAUCGAUCCAUAUCGAAAUAAGUUACUGUUGAAAAGAAAGUGCUAUCUGUCACAGAAAGCAGAAAACUUCCAUAACGAAGAAAAUUUUGAAAACGCCGGGAAAACGUCUGUUGUGACCCAAUGAAGAAAACCUUUGCCUGGGAAAAACUUUUAUUGGUUUCAGAUUCAAGGUUAUGAAGGUUAACACCAGUUAUUUAAAAAAUCAUUAAAAAUGUUUUUCCAAAUUAUGUGACGCAAUGCUGGAAUGGGUCUUUUUUUUCUGUGAUUUAUUCAAUUAUUAUUUAAAUGAGUUAUACAAUUUACAUGCAAAUAUUCAAAAACAUUCGAAUAAGUUUUGACACGAAUGCCAAAGCGUUGGUAAAGUGUCACAAAUAAACAAAAAAAAUCGAAUAAGUUACAUUUAUGAAAAUGUAAUCAAAACAAACGGCAAAAAGAAUUAAAGAAAUGAUAAUAAGAGAUCACAAGAAAUAUCGGAAAAUCCACGAAAACAAACAUAAUCACUUUUAAAAUCCGGAUUUGUAAAUAGUGGAAGGCAUCUAUAACAAGUAAUUAAAACGUUGCAAAGAAGUGAAAUGUAGUUGAAAGCUUCGAAGAGGAACGAAGAACUGCCAUGAUACAAAAAAAGGAAAACUGACUGAUUCAGCUUACCCACGAAUGUAGAGUACUUUACCCACCUUAUGCAAAAAAGGUGAAUAAUUUGAACUAGAAAAAAACUAAAUUCAACUGUUAUUAAAUCUUUUAGAAAGGACGUUAGGGUUGCCAGUCAUUAGAGUAGACAAAUGUUUCUAAUUGAUCGAAACGAAAUUUUUUGGAUUGAUACGAAAGUACGCGUUACCAUCUACCACACUUGGGCAGUAACUCAGUCCUUCAAAUUGUACUAACGAGAAACUUUCUAUAAACUUUGCUCCUCAUUAGUAGUGGUGAUUGUAUCAAAUUGUUGUCUCCACUUUUAACCCAAUCCCAGAUUCUUGAAAUAUUUAGAAAUAUAAAAAAAAACCCAUUCAAUGGAUAUUUAGCUCAUACUAAUAAAUAUUAAACAAAAAGUAUAUCACUAGUGCAAACAAACCCAUCACAAUCGAACGCAACUUUUCCUCCGUAUAUAGUUCUAAUAGUUGAAUAUUUUUCCCAAACUCUAAGAGAAUCGUUGAAUUCAGAUAAAAAUAUUUAAAAUAAAACUCAUCAAAUAUAUCUUACUAGCUCUUCGAGGAAGUCAUUUUUGCUAGGAUGCAACUAACAUAUAUUGAACGAAAAAAAUACAGAAAUUCUUAAUCUAAAAGAUUCUCAUAUCACCACAUCAUUUUCCCCCAGUAUCGAACUGAAAAAUUGAUAAAAUUUAAAGAGAAGAACUUACAUUAACACAGGAACAAAUCUAUCUAGAAAAAAAACACAUAAAAUGACCACAACUUUUGAAACAGGACGAUCUAUGCAGGUGCAUGGUGGCUUUAAAUAGGGAGCCAUCACACACGUUCGGUUGGUGAUUGAAAAUAUGACAAUAUAAUUGCAGAAAAUCGUAGCAGAUCAUCGGAGAUGUUUGAAAGUUUAAAUUUAAAACAACCAACAACAAAAAAAAAACGCAAAGCGCGACCGUGUUUUGACUCAGUUUGAACUCGUAAAUAUAUUGCGAAGCUGUACUUAAAUUUAACACACACUCCUCACUUAAAGUUGGGUUAAAAGCAUAUGUGAAAAUAAUAACCAUUGGAAAAAAACAGAUCAUUUCGCGUGGCUCGAAUUAAAGACUAAUCUCCAGAAACAAACGUAAACAAAAAUAAUUUGGCACAGCCACGUGUCCGCUUGUGAUUUUAUUCCGAGUGAUUUAACCUUAAUUGAAGAUACAAAUAAAAAUGUUAAGUAGAUGUAGAAGAUGAAUUUGAUCAUUGGAAAACAGUGGAAAGAAAAUAUAUUGAAAGUUUUGUUUAAA